GGAGGCCAAGGCAGCGCCGCGGCAGGGCAGGGCUGGCGGCCGGGGGCUGCCGAAAUAGGAGCGGGGGCGAGGGGACGGGCGCGCCGGGGCGGCGCAGGAGGAUGCCCGGGGCCCGACGAUGGACGAGGCGGUGGUGAAGCAGGGCUCGCUCUACCUGCAGCUGCAGCAGACCUUCGGGAAGAGAUGGAGGAAGUUCUGGGGCAUUUUGUACCGGGAGAGCUCCUGCUCCACGGCCCGCCUGGAGCUCUUCGAGGGCUCCGCGCCGCCCAGCGCCGAGAGGCUGCGGCGGAGCGAGGGCGGCAGGAGGGUCGUCCGGCUGAGCGACUGCGUGCACGUGGCCGAGGCGCCCGGUGACACCAGCGGCCCCAAGGACACCGUCCCCUUCCUGCUGGAGACCACCGACAAGUGCUACCUGCUGGCGGCGGAGGUGGCGGAGGAGGCGGACUGGGUCGGGAAGCUCUGCGAGCUGGCCUUUCCCGCGGCGAUGGGGAAGAACGGCCAACAGGCCAUGCUGAAAUCCGAGGAUGGCAAGUUUUCCAUGGAGGAGAACUCCCUGUACAGCUCCGGCGGCAAAGUCGGCUUGGAGAAGGAGUUUGAGGUGACGGUGAGGGCCACCGAGUCCUCGGAGCGCUGCCGCCUCUGGGGCCGGUUCCUGCUGCGGGCCGAGGAGGAGGCGCUGGAGCUGCGGGACGCGCAGACGCUGGCGGUGCUCUACAGCUGGCCCUACAGGUUCCUGCGGCGCUUCGGCCGCGACAAGGUGACCUUCUCCUUCGAGGCCGGCCGGCGGUGCGCGUCCGGGGAAGGCAGCUUCGAGUUCGAGACGCGGCAGGGCAACGAGAUCUUCCAGGUCAUCGAGGCGGCCAUCGAGGCGCAGCGGGGCCGGGCGGCGGAGGAGCCGCGGCGGGACGACGCCGGCCGCCCGCCCGGCCACGCCAAGGCGCCCAGCCGCCCGCCGGAGCACGAGGAGCGGGGCUCGGCCGAGGCCACCAAAGGCCCAGACAGGGCGGCCGCCAAAGCCAAGGGCCCCGCGGCCGGGGACCCCGCGGGCGCCUUCCUGCCCUCGCGCGGCGCCGAGAGCCCCUACGCCGAGCCCUGCGACUCCCUGCGCCGGGCCGGCUGCCCCGCCGGCGCCAAGGCCCCGGAGAAGGGCAGGAAGCCGGAGCCCGCGGGCAAAGGGGCGGCGGAGGCCGACUACGCCGUCCCCUUCGACACCAUCGCCAAGUCGCUGGCGAGCGGCAAGUUCGGGGGCUUCCUGGGCGCCGCGGAGCCGCCGGACCCGCUCUACCACAGCAUCGAUGCCGCGGGCGGGCGGAAAGGCCGGCAGCCCCCGCCGCCCCCCGCCGCCAGGCUGGAGCACAUCUACGACGAGCCGGAGGGGCUGUCGGCCCACUCCGUGUACGACGAGCCCGAGGAGGUGAAGGGGGAGGCCUGGCGGCUGCAGGCGGCCCCCGAGGACCCCCCGGGCCACGAGUACCCCUACAACCCGCAGCGGGACGACUACUCCGUGCCCAAGAGGCCCGUCCCGGUGAAGCAGCCCUUCGCGGUGCAGGGCAAGGAGUGGCUGGGGGACAGCGAGUACGACAACGUGGCCCUCAAGUUUGCGAGGAAGAGGAACCUGCAGUGAGGAGGAGGAGGGGAGGAAGAGGCUCUCCCCAUCCUGCGCGCCCGGGAGCGGGGAGUCCCGGCCCCGGCGGGCAGCUGAGGCCGCCCAGCUCAUCUCACCCGCGGCCGGAGAAGCGGGCGGCCUCGGGGCGCGGCGGGCGGGGCCGGGCACAUCUGCCCAGCUGUGCCGCUGCCGGGACGGGACACAUCUGCCCAGCUGUGCCGCCGCCGGGGCCGCGCCGCGCCGCUGGAGGGCAGUGUCAGCCCGCGGCAGCCCCCGCCGGGCGGCCCCGCUGCGGCUCCCCGCGCCGGGCGGACCGCGACCCCCCCAGUCGCGGCCUCCCCCCCCGGCCUCGCACCCCGCAGCCCGUCCCGACCCCGCCAGCCUGGGGGCGGCCGACGGGACCCCAAAGCCCGGCGCCCCCCGGGGUCCCGCGCGCUCCCGGCGCCCACGCCGCACUCCCGCCCGCGCUGCCCGGCCGCGCUCCGCGCUCAGCACCCUUCCUCCUCCGCUGGCACCCGGGGAUGUUCUUCCCUCUCUGUUUGCCACCCAACCCGUCCUGCACCGCGAGGGCUGGCUGGGCGAUGCACAGCCCUGGGGAUGCCCGGCCCCGGGGAUGAACAGCCCUGGGGAUGCCCGGCCGCGGUGAUGCACAGCCCCGGUGAUGCACAGCCCCGGCGACACACGCUCCUGGUGUUGCACAGCCCCGGUGAUGCCCAGCCCUGGGGAUGCCCGGCCCCGGCGAUGCACAGCCCCGGCGACACACGCUCCUGGUGUUGCACAGCCCCGGUGAUGCCCAGCCCUGGGGAUGCCCGGCCCCGGCGAUGCACAGCCCCGGCGACACACGCUCCUGGUGUUGCACAGCCCCGGCGAUGCACGGCACGCACCGCGAGGGCUGACCGGUGAUGCACAACGUGGCCCUCAAGUUUGCCAGCUAACGCCAGCCUCUUGCAGGGCAAAGCCCUCCCGCCUGCAGGUUUCCUCACCCCUGCGCUGAUGUUAGCGUGCUCGGCCUUGCUGGGACGGCGACGUGGCCACGCUCAGAGACCGAGCCCAUUGCAAGGCUCUCACCCCCCCCGCGUCCACCCCCCCGGGCCUCCGGCAGCGUGGAGGGCUGUCCCGGGGCUCGGCCGGGCCGGCACCCCGUGGCCGGCGGCGGCCGAUUUGGGGGGCUGCUGGGCGGCGAGCGGCUCGGCCGGGCCGGGCACAGCGUCCCUGCCUGAAGGUCACGCUGCCUCCUCGCUCAGCAAGUACCGUGGCAUAAAUUUCUACUGUCUCAGCUAGGUUUUUAAUUUUUUCUUUUUUAUAAAACCACUUUCCAGCUGCCUCUGAAUUAUAAAUGAAAUACUAAGCUUUA